AUGUCACCACCUCGACGCUCUGACCGAGAAGAGAUCAGAAUAACCUACACGGGCGGGCACUUUCAAUUCGAGCGUCGACACCCUGGACAUUCCAAAGAAGCUCAUGAGACAACGAAGCAUUAUCACUAUCACUCUCCUGCACCUCCCGUCACCUACAACCACACCGGUGAUAUGCACAACUAUCCUACAUCUCUCUCCCCCUAUUCUUACCACCUUCCCUCCAAUGGCUACUCCCUCCCAUCCGCUCCCAAGAGUUCAAGACAUCCGUAUAAAUUACUGAACGACCUCCAUGAAGCAGACCACGAAGCGGGAAACCAGCGUCGCCAGCGCAAAUAUGUUGAGAAGCAGCGCUUCGAGGACGCCAGAAAAGACAGAGACAGGGCAGAUCGAAGGCUGAAGGAACUAGGUGACGAUUAUGAUGAGCCGUAUAGCAGCGCGGAAGAAGAUCUAGUUCCGAAACGUCGGCAUGAGGGGAGACCCAGGUCGAGAUAUCACUAG